ACAAGUGUUCUCUGCAUGCAUAUAAGCUCUUAAUACAGUAUUAUUAUACCCAUACUGGUGUCUGACGCUGGUCCCUCCACCACGUCAACCCAACCGACGGCGGAUCUUCUCUUCUUCCUCUUCCUCAGCUCCAUCUCUCCUCCCCUCUUCUUCCUUCUCCUUCUCAACCUUCGACUAUAUUUCAUCUUCAUUUGAUUUCUAUCUAUCUUUGCUUUUCAACAUCCUAAACUAUUUUGCAUUCUAAGCUUUCUCUACAUCUAUUAUUCUUUCUCGUCUCUCGCUCUUAUCGACCACCGGAAACGAUCCCGCUUGGCCACUCCCUCCAACCUCCAACAUUCCAAUAUCUCAGAUUACGGAUGGCGCUUAACCGGUGACCGCGAUCUCACGCUUCCCCUUCCCCGUUUAACUUCGACUUAUGGCCAGACAAAGGGCCACCUUACGCCGCCAGGACCCUCGUGAGGACUCUCGCUCCAUACCCUCUUCCGCCGCCGCCGCCGCUGGAACCGCCGCCACUGCAUCCAGCAAGACGGAUAAUACUCGCACCGCUACAACCACUGCUGCUUCUACGUCUAGAGCCUCUUCUACCUCGAGGUACUAAUUCAUUCGUCCUUGGUUUAUCAUUCACAUCCCCGCCUGUGCUUCAUUCCGCUUCCUCCCGCUCUAUCGUUCUUGUCGGGACCUUGACUCGAACCCCAUCGUCAAAGGUGCAACAGACAGCUGGAUUUUUUACGCUCUUUGGUGGAAAUAUUCGCAAGAUUACGAAGAAUCCCGGGCGGCAAGAGUCACUCGCUCAGCAGCGAGAGUUGCCGCAGAGUCUCCCCAGUCCAUUAGUCACGGUCCGUCGCCCUCGAACCUCGCC